GGGAGGAGGGAGUGCCGAGCGGGGGAGUUUGGGAGGAAACCGCCUUCCGAUUGGUCGUAACUAUAAAAGUUGGCGUCUUGCGGGUGGUUGGUACAGUCGGAGGAAGAGCCCGGCUCCCGGCCUUCGCGGACUAGUGGUCAAAUUUCCCGGGCGGAGCGCGGGGCCUACUGGGAAAGCGCCGGACAGUUGUCACCUCGUUGGCGGCUGCCGUAGUGUGUAUCGAGAUGCAGACCACCGACCUGGGCAAUAAGGAAACCGGCAAGAUAUGGCACCGCAAACCAUCCCCGGCCACUCGAGAAGGAAUUAUAGUGAAUAUCAUUCACACCACUUCUGAUUACCUCCCCAAAGUUUUGCGAUUUUUGAAUGUGGCCUUUGAUAGCUCAGGGGAUUGCCUAAUCGCUGGGGACCAUCAAGGAAAUAUCUAUGUUUUCGACUUGUCUGGAAAUAGGUUUAAUCUUGUCCAGCGGACAGCGCAAGCCUGCACAGCUCUGGCCUUUAAUCUUCACAGGAAGUCUGAGUUCCUUGUGGCGUUAGCUGACUAUUCUAUUAAGUGUUUCGAUACAGCCACCAAGGAGCUGGUUAGCUGGAUGAGAGGACAUGAGUCUUCCGUGUCUUCGAUCUCCGUGCACGCCUCAGGGAGGUACGCCAUCACCACUUCUUCUGACACGGCCCAGCUCUGGGACUUGGACACCUUUCAGAGAAAGAGGAAGCUGAAUAUCCUCCAGUCCGUGGGCAUACAGAAGGUUUUCUUUCUGCCAUUAAGCAAUACCAUCCUCAGCUGCUUUAAAGAUAAUUCCAUCUUUGCCUGGGAGUGUGAUACCCUUUGUUGCAAAUACCAAUUGCCAGCUCAGCCCGAAGGUUCUAGUAUAUCCUACAAAGUGUUUGCUGUGACCAGAGAUGGCCGAAUCCUGGCUGCCGGCGGCAAGUCAAACCACCUUCACCUGUGGUGCUUAGAAGCGAAACAGCUGUUCCGAAUCAUCCAGAUGCCUGCUAAAGUUCGCGCGGUUCGCCACCUAGAAUUUCUUCCCGAUAGUUUUGAUGCUGGCUCUAAUCAGGUUCUGGGAGUUCUGAGUCAAGAUGGCAUCAUGAGGUUUAUCAACAUACAGACCUGCAAACUUCUCUUUGAAGUCGGGAGCCUUGACGAAGGAAUCAGCUCAUCAGUGAUCAGCCCGCAUGGACGGUACAUUGCCUCCAUCAUGGAAAACGGAAGCCUGAACAUUUAUUCAGUUCAGGCUUUGACGCAAGAAAUAAAUAAGCCACCCCCUCCUUUAGUGAAAGUGAUCGCAGACUUGCCCAAGAGUCAGCCGACGUCCGGCGACCUUAAGGUGAAAGUGAUGUCGGGAAGAGCGCGGCGGCCAGCAAGAUCGCGGGAAGACCGCGUACAAACUCGAAUAUUAAAACGUGACCUGGCUGGCGGUUUUGAGAAUAAAGAGAAUGAAUUGUCAGGUGGAUUAAACAAGAAGCGUUUACAAAUCUUAUUAAAAGGCUAUGGUGAAUAUCCAACAAAGUACAGAAUGUUCAUCUGGCGGUCUCUGCUACAGUUACCCGAAAAUCAUACCGCAUUUAGCAGCCUGAUAGAUAAAGGUGUCCACAUGGCAUUUCUCAACCUUCAGCAGAAGUACCCCAUCAGAAGUCGGAAGCUGCUCAGAGUGUUGCAGAGAACCCUGUCUGCACUGGCUCACUGGUCUGCCAUCUUCAGUGAGACACCCUACCUUCCCCUCCUGGCGUUCCCGUUUGUGAAGUUAUUCCAGAACAACCAGCUCGUCUGUUUUGAAGUUGUUGCUACUCUCAUAAUCAAUUGGUGUCAGCACUGGUUCGAGUACUUCCCGAACCCUCCCAUCAACGUCCUCGCCAUGAUAGAAAACGUCCUGGCGUUCCACGACCCGGAGCUGCUCCGGCACUUCAUCGACUGCGACGUGACCUCCCAGCUGUACGCAUGGCCACUCCUGGAGACGGUGUUCUCGGAGGUGCUGACCAGAGAGGAGUGGCUGAAGCUGUUCGAUAACGUCUUUUCCAACCACCCGUCGUUCCUGCUCAUGGCGGUCGUGGCCUACAACAUCUGCUCCAGGGGGCCUUUGCUCCACUGUGACCUUAGAGACGAUUUCGAGUACUUUUUUCACCAUCGGAACAACCUGGACAUAAGUGUUGUAAUUCGAGAAGUUUAUCGCCUGAUGGACACCACACCUCCUGACAUCCACCCAGAGAGGACACUCAGUGUUUUCGUGGCGCUGACGAAAGGGCAGUAUCCAGUGUUCAAUCAAUACCCGAAGUUCAUUGUGGACUAUCAGACGCAGGAACGAGAGAGAAUUAGGAACGAUGAACUGGAGUACUUAAGAGAGAGGCAAGCAGUUGAAAACAUGCAAGCUGAAGUGGACCAGCAGAGGGUCGAAGAUGAAGCUUGGUACCAAAAGCAAGAACUGCUCCGUAAAGCUGAAGAAACAAGGAGAGAGAUGCUCCUACAAGAGGAGGAGAAGAUGAUACAACAAAGACAGAGACUCGCUGCGGUGAGAAGGGAGCUGAGGGUGAAGGAAAUGCGCCUACAAGACGCUGCAAGAAAGCGUUUUCUGAAGCUCCAGCAAGAUCAGCAGGAAAUGGAACUAAGAAGACUGGAUGACGAAAUUGAGAGAAAGGUAUAUAUGAGAGAUCAAGAAAUUGCCACCACAGCCAAAGACCUAGAAAUGAGACAUCUGGAACUCGAGUCCCAGAAAAGACUCUAUGAGAAGAAUCUUACUAGAAAUCAGGGAACCAUUGCAAAAGAAAUGAGAGAAGAGGCAGAUGCCUACAGACGAAAGGUGGAUCUGGAAGAGCGCUUGUUUCACAAACUGCUAGAAACAGAUCAGGCGCAGAACCAAGACACUCAGAAGUUAAUUAAAGAAAACUUGGCAAAAGCUGAGCAAGCAUGUCUAAAUAAUGACUGGCGAAUUCAAGCUCUACAUAAACAAAGACGUAAUGACCUACAGCGAAAUGAGUGUUACCAGGAAAUGGCCAAGCUCCUCCAGAAAAACAGAAGGAAAGAAACGGAAGUGUUGAAUGCAAUGCUGGGGAAGGAAGUCAACAAGUGGAAGGAGGCUGAAGAAAAGGACUUUCGGUUGAGCUUGGAAAGGGAAGCUUCCACUCUUUCAGACGCAUCCCGGCGGAGGUUUCUGGAGCAGGAGAUACACAACGCCUUAGAGCUCGCCGGCCAGCCCCAGGACGCAGUUUCUUUCAACCAGAGACAAACCCAGGGUCCGCACACGCCGGACCCAGACCUGCUGGAGAGAGUGAGGACCCUCCGCCGGAGGCUCACCGCCCGCGCUCGCCACCCAUGCCAGACGCCGCCUCUUGUGGCCACGUAGGCGGCUGGGCACCGUGACAGAGCCAAAGGCAGAAAUACCUCUUUUGUGAUCAAUGACACUGAUUUUUAGAGUAUUUAUUUUAAAUUCCUGUAAAAAUCAACCUUUUGUAUAGAAAACUGUGAGUGUGAAAAUUAUGUGUUCCAUUAAAUUCUUAUGCUUUUUGGCUUGU